GACGAUCAAUACAUGUCUUAGCUGAGACUACAUUAUCCAUGUGUGUUAAGGACAGUGUUAAACCACUUAAACCAUAUUAAGUGUUCUAUCUGUCAAACUACUGUUUGAUCAUGCACAGAAAGGAAUAAAAAAAAGAUGAAAGAAAUGGGGACAUAACGUUUAAAUAACAUCUUUUUUUCAAUUGUUUACAAAUACGUGUGAAGAUAUCGAGCUGUUCUGGUUAUAUGCAUGUGCACGGUUGGAAAAUAUAUCUAUGUAUUAUAUUUGUUUUAAAAUUAAAGUGUAUACUGCAACUGUUAAAAUGAUGUUUUUGUUGCGAUAUAAAGAUAACAUUUAGAACAGAUAAACUGCAUUCAGGGAAGGAAAGGAUUUAACGUUAUUUAUACAUAAUAUACUUGCAUAAAACUAUACAAAUCUGAUAGUAUGUGUCAGAUGAAUUAUGAUGCAUGGACCCUUAAUGGACCUUGAAUAUCAGGAAAGAAGCAUAAUACAUGUUUUGAGGAAGUGUUAUUAAAACUUAACUCAAAUUCUAUGAUGACGAACGCCUGGAGGUGAAAUAACUACCAUUGUCAUGGCUGGGAUUACCUCUAUCGAGUAUGAAGAAUCAACGGUCUCUUCAGUGAGGUCUACUAUAUCAACGGCGUCAUCUGGAUACGCUAUCAUUUCUGUCCCCGGGAAACAACGGGAAGAUGUCAGAGCAGUGUACCCGGCUGAACCGCCACCGGAUUAUGAUGACCCUCCUGUACAGACUAAAGAUUAUAUGUUACCGAGGUAUAAAGCCGGUGGACAGUCAAGUCCGAGGAAGGAUUAUGAAACCACUAUCCCAUUGCUUUCAGAAGACUCGAAACGUAAUGAUUAUCCGAGAGCUGCUGUGGAUGUCCAGUCGAGUCCAGUAGGGAGACAAGAAAUCAGAGUUCCCCUUAUAACAGAAAAGCCUGAACAGCAACAGCAGACGAUCGUAAGAAUUAGUUCCAAAUCACAGGACCUUAACAUUGAGAUUGUGAGUAAUCCAGCAGGUUCCCCUACGCCAACUGAUUCCACAUUUGUGUACUCAUCGUCGGUAAGAAGCGACCCCACAAAGUCACCUGCUGCAUCAACUGCAGCAGAUACAUCUUUUCUAUACGAACCAUCAAAACAGGAACAGCCAAAACGAAAAUGUCGCAGACUUACAAAGAGAGAGAAGAUUAUCGUGAGUGUAUCUGUAGUGCUGUUGCUGGCAUUACUGAUUUUGCUAUUAAACUUUACAGUUUGUAUUGGAGAUUUUACAAGCAAAUGCGAUUAGUGUUCAGGGCAAAAUGGCUCAAAUUUAUUUAUAAAAUAUAUUAUUACUUAUAUAUACAAACACUUUCUUUUAUACGAAUGUAAAUUUUGAGGAUAAACGGUUUACAUGUUUGUAUUGUGUUUAACCUAUAUCCCGUUUCUUUUAUAUACAAUGGUAGAUUGUUAUUCAUUAAUAAAUUUUACGGAACGAUAAAAAGUACACAGUAACAGAAUUAGGGACAACUUGUA